GUCAUGUCAGUUUAAAUUCAGUUCUUGUUUGUGAUAGGUUGAAAAAGGUUGUCUUAAUUUGAAUUUACUUUCGAUUUAUUUUUUAAACUCAUUUAGUUUGAGUUAUUAUUUUUUAAAAACAACAUUCAAAAUUUAAAGUUUUAUAUUCUAGAUACCCUAUUUGUUUAUUAAUUCACCUUAAAAUCUACAUUUUAUCUUAUCAAAAUGCAAGAAACCGUUACGAACACAAACGAGAGGAAAUCUUUAUUUUCCUCAUUUCUCGAUGUUUUGGAAACCAGGGAAAAACAAGCACAGCUUGACCGACAACUCCAAGAGGAGAAAUAUUUAAGAAGAACUCAAAGAAUAUAUGAUUUUCAUGAGCGACAGCGUCGCGAGGCAGUGGAGCUCCGCCGGUGCCUGGACUUCGUGUCGCAGCACGCGCACGUGCUGGAGACGGUGCUGCGCGGCGGCGGCGGCGGCGGCGGCGACGGCGUCCCGCUCAGCGCCGCGCUCGUCCGGCAGGCGGCCGCGCUGCAGCGCUGCAUGGCACAGUGCGUUGCCAAUGCCUCCAGAAUACGACAGCUGCUCACUGCUACUCACCAACCACAGAUGGACACCAUGCUCGCUAAAAUGGAAGCGGAGCUGAGCACGUGGACAUCGUUCCUGCAGCGCGCCGUGGACGCCACCUACAACACGGAGGUGGUCAUAGACAACCUGCACAACAUGAUCGCUGAGCAGAGGCGGUGCGUGCGCGAGGUGUCGUCCAGUACGGUGUUCACGUCGCUGUGCGGCGCGGACGCGGCCAGCGAUGCGGAGGCGGAGGCGGAGGCGGGAGCGGAAGCGGGAGCGGAGGCGGGCGCGGGCGCGGGCGCGGCGGCGGGCGCGAGCUCCCCGCUGGAGCGGCGCGCGCCGUCGGCCGCCUGCAGCACGCCCAUCGCUCGCGAGUAGCGCCCGCCGCCUGGGUUUUUGUGUUUCCAUUGUUAUAAACAGUGAGGAUCUGGACGUUCAUCUUCAAUUUGGAAUAUAUUAACAAACGUAUGUUGCUACUAAAAUAGUUUAUAGAUAACAGCAUGACGUCCGCACUCAGCCGCCCGGUAGCGAGGCACCGGCGGCGAGAGCUGGCCGUGACGUCAGAGAUAUAACUUCGGCGAUUUCAUAAUCGAUGAACGGUUCCCGCCAAAACGCUCUCGAGUACGCGAAUAUUUUUAGCGCCAUAUUAAAAUCGCUCGACAUCGCACCGGCCGUAAACCGUGGCCGGUGCGCGUCGUAAAUAUGUAUAUACAUUGAUUAUUUAUCGACGAAGUACCUACACAAAGUCGAAUAAAAGUAGGAGGGAGGUGAGGCGCUAGACCGCGUCCACCGUACGUCACUGCCGAACCGCGUGUGUUCAAUUCGCGCAAACUGCCGCGCUCGACCGCUACCCCCCAUGUCGCCGGUUAUAAAUUACAAUGAUUAUUUCAUUAAAAAUUUUAUAACAAAAUAUCAGAGUUAAGGUCAGAAUAUUUUUUUUUUAUUAUAAAUAUGGCUUAAAGCUUACGACCCGUCUGAUAGUAAGUGCUCGCUCUAGAGACGUUUGUAACACUAGGGGUGUUACAAUCUUAUUGCCGAUUCUAUAUAAACCCUUGCACACCUAUUUUAAAGAACUCCUUCCUUAUAUUGAGGAAAAAUUACAACAGAAACUAGUAAAUUUGAAUAAUCUCCUCUGAAAUCGCAAUAUCUGGAUAUAAAAUUUUCGAUUCUACGAUUAUAGCUCUGAAGUAGCUGCAUCACAACAACCAUUUAACAUAGUAGGAUGUUGGGCGUGCGUCUGUCGUCAUAAGCAAACAAUCUUAGUGCACCAACACCCCGCUAAACAGCACGCAUAGUUUUGUUUUUGUUUGCAGUUUUCUCUUACAAAGAUAUGCUUUUUCCUGUUUAUGUUCAUAGAAAACAGGGAUCCCAUCAGGCGGGCCGUCAGCUAGGCUUCAUAUCAUUUCCAGAUAAAACCCAUAAAAGAAUUAAGACCCGUAACACUCGUCGACCGCCGGCCAGGCAAUAUACGCGAUGUGUUAAAAAGCUAAACCAAUUACACGAAAGCUUCUAACUAUAGCCUCGACCGGCGGCCCGCGGUACACCAGCACAGGAGUCACCGCGAAAGCGGCGCGACCGGUCGCAGCGCAAAAAAAACACAAACGCUCAAUGUAUUGAUGCGUUUCUUUCAACGUCACUAUAUCUACAGAGACUUUAUAGAGUAGAACGAAUUGUAUUUUACGUAUAAUGUUGUGCUAUUGAUGUUCUCGUAUGUAUAUAAUUGAAACUUAUUCAUGUUGACGCUUGUUGUCGUGUUUAAUUAAUUUAAUAUAUAACUAUUAUUCAAUUGAAAUUGGAUUCUGCGUUGGGGGAAUUUGAAAUUUAUAAGUAUAGGCUCAAAGUUCAAAGUUGUGUGUAUCUCGUUGUAUUUUAAUAUUUUAUUGUUGCAAUUGCUGUUAGCUUAUUCGGUGCCUUUUGUGGUGUUCGAUGCAGCGUACAAUAGCUGAAUUUGAAAUUUUAUAAACUUUAGGUUAAGCCUGCUUUGGAUGGGAGUUUGUUUGUACAAUGGUAUGUGUGUGUGGUGUGACGUGUUGCACAUUGCCUCUAUUGUAUUAGCACAUUUAGAUAUAAUUGUCCAAUUAAGGGUUUUUGAUAUUUUUACAUUUUAUAAUAGGUUUUUUUUAAUAUGAAUAUUAUCUCAAUGGUUCGAUCUGCUAGAUUUAGGUGUUCACUCGACCGACGAGAAGUAUAGACAUUGUGUUAUUGAAUUUCAAAUCUCAGGCUGUAAGUUGAAGAGUGAAAUUUGAUACCUAAUAUACAACCGUUUCAUUAUGAUAUUUAUCAAUGUUCAAAUGUUUAUAGUAAAAUAAAAUUACGUUGUUAAAAAAUUAAUGAAUAAAUCUCUCCUAGUAAUUUAAUAUAAUUCCGAAUUAAAUGACUUGGAGAGAUUUAUUUCUGGCAACACACUUGAGACUUUUAUUUUGGUAAACCUAGUGCACGUGUUUGCGUCAGUACUUUAUCUAGUUGAGCCUCGUGUUGGAACUUUGUUAUUGUCCCGUGGAAGGCAUUAUAAGAUGCCCCACUAUUGCCAUGACUUUUUAGAUGUAUAUUUUGUGUGGUAAAGGUGCAUAUUGACCGAGAGCAUUUCUUACAUUUUAAUAUAUUCAUUGAUGUGCAUUCAUUUCUUGCUACAUAGUCAAUACGCACCUUUAAGUGUCAGGUAGUGCAGUUAAAUUACGUAUAUAGGAUGAUAGCAACAUACAGCAAUGUUUCAGGCCAUCAUUAGAGGGGACGGCCCUUACAUACCAUGUUGGUAUACACAUUUCAAUGGUCCAUGAGACCUCAUAGUACCUCACGUGGAGGACGUUGUUCGUGUGUUGGCUUUAGUCUCUCUACAGCAGUAUUAGAAUGCAAUAUGAAUGAGUAAUCUAGUGUAGGGAUCUUUUUAUCGUAGUAGUUUUUUUAUGGGUGAAAUUAAAAUGGUAACCCUGCCUGAACUAUUGGUUUACGCUGGCGAGGCGCCAGUGAUGGAUGAUAAGUGAGAAUGGCAAGCAUGAGGCGAGUUAACAAAGUGGAUAAGGCAGGUGUGUGUAAAGAUAAAGGGAUUUUGCACUCGGUUCGCCCUGCUCACCCCGCGAGACACUUGUCGCCACGGUAAGUGAAUGAUUACAUCACAGAUUGUUUAGUAACACACUGCCACGUAGCAACGUAUGUGAUUGUAGUAUUAUUAUUGUAUUUAUCCUGUAAUCUAUAACGGUUCCUAUACCAUAUACUCAAAUGACGGUGGCCAAAUUUUAUAUAGUUUGUCGGGACGUGUCCGGCUGUGUCGUCAGCUGGCCAAUGCCCGUCUCUCUCCCUCACGUAUACUCGUGUCUUGUAGUGUCACUCACAGCUUGUCACUUCCAUUCGUAUCUGCUUCCCCAUUCUACGUUACGUUUGUAUUGGUGAUAUAAAUCUUUGUUCUCUUUUCAAAGUUUGAUGUGUAUUUGUUACAUCAAAUUUAAACAUCAUGUUUUGUAUUGUACUAGUUAAAAUAUAAAAUAUUACAUGUAUUUUUGAAAUGACCAAUUUUUGUUGCUUUUUUUUAAUUGCGCUAAACGUUUGAAGGACAAACGAAAAGUUGAUAAAUAUAAUAUUUUUCUAUUGAAUUUCUGAUAUUUCCAUUUGAAUGUGUAAUGUAAAUUUUAUAUGUUAUAGUCUAAGCGUAUUCAUCAUGUUAUGUUUGUUUCUAAAGUGUAGAUUUGUCUAUAUUAAAAAAAAAAAACAAGUAUUUGGAUAUCUCCUUAUAUAGUGUUACACAUAUAAAAUAAAUUAUACGAAUAAAUGUUUAUAUGUAGGUAUUUCCCAUUUUGAUCAGAAAGCGUUAAUUUACGUUCCAUAUAAUAAAAUGUAUAAGAUUGUAAAGUUUUUAUACUUGAACAAUUUCUCACUUUUCUAUCCACAAGUUAGGUUUUCUGAUUGAAUGAACUAAAUGGUAUAGUGCUAUAGGCGGCCGAGUCUCACAUGUGAUAUGACAACGAAGACGUACUAAAUGUUUAUCAGCGUUAAGUUUGUUCUAGCCGUACAGUGGGACCGUACAUUAUGGGACCUUAGCCAUGGCUAUUCUUGUUAUCCUACUGUUAAUAUAACAUUGUAUGCAUUUAUUUCUUACGUCGUAUCAUAACGUUGGAAUCUAACAAUAAAAAAAUAUAAUUAGUGAUCUUUAAUGUUUGGCCAUUUUGCUAGAAAAACCUUCUAUUAGGGAUUAUUUCUGACGCAAAUGUGGUUGCAGUGGACACACCUGAAUACUGGAUGUUUUAAUGGUCAGAUCUUGAAGAGAGCAUUUAUGUAUUAUUAUUAUACUGUUACAGAUAAUAUAUUCAGAGAGAGGUCGAUUCUGACGCGUCAUUUGUCUAAACCUGUCUCGAAACCAAAUGUUUUAAUUUGAUAAUUGUGCGAAAUGACUGCUGUUAUGUAAUAUUAUAAAUUUAUAAUAAUUUCGACUUAAAAGUGUUGGACAUAUAGUUCAUAUUGGUCCUUAUAACAAGCAUUUUUUCUGUAAUAAUAAAUUGAAAAUUUAGUUUUAGAGAUAGGUCGAGAGAAAUGCUACCUCAGAAUCGAACCUAUUGUCAUCUCAUACUGUGACUGUGAGAUGCUGUUGCUUUGUCUUGUAAAUGUAAUUAAAUAUUAAUAAAAUACAGAAUGUGUUUAUUUUAGAGAGAUAAUAAGAAUUUACGUUGUGUUAUCGAACUGCGGUAUUACCAGAAAUAUAUGUUGUGGUCAGAAUUGAUUUAAAUUUAGUUAAUGUACUUUAUAAGGGCUAUUACAUCAGAGUAAUCAUAGAUUGAAUUCAACUUUGAGAUUGCGUAAAUACAAUAUUGAAAAUGCAAGUACAAAAGACAAUUGUAUAGUUAAAGAUAAUUACGGUAUGGGAUUGUUAUGAGUGAAAUUGAUGGAAGGCGCACUGUGAGAAUUGUAACUAUGUAUAACACUGAAUGUACUUGUGCAAUAAAUGUACUAGCAUGUAUUGUGGUGUAUGCAAUUCAGAAGUCCAAAAGUAUCGCAGGCACUAUGGCGUAGUGAAGCAUAUAUGUUGGGGCUUCGAUUCUUGAUUGAAUCAGUAAUAAUCGUUCGAUAUGCAACAUACAUGAGCUGCUUUAUAAUGUCUGGCUAAUGUUUGCAGAUGUAACCGCUGUCACUGUCCAUAUGCCUUAGUUAUGCUACAAACAGCUGCUGUGAAUUUAUUUGUUGUUCGUGUUAUAUGAGAUUGUAAUUCUAAUAAAAAUGUACCGCUCUGGGAUGUGCUGUGUCACCUGUCAUGACGUUCAAUAAACAAACACAAUGCGCAAUUAUUUCAUUAAAAUGGGAAGGCGAUAUUGUUACUAUAAAUGUAUAAUGGUUGUUAUUGUGUACGGGCUAUAAAAAAUAUUUUUUA